UUCCUCCUGAAAGAGUUCAUGCAACAUGCUGGAUAGCCUGUUUGACAGUAAUUUAAGUGUGCCAUGCUGUUAAAAGGUUACAAGAGUGGAUUAACUUUAAACUUUUGUUUUUGUGACUUAUGUCUGUAACUGUGUGAUAAAUGUGGGAUAUCUAUGUUUCAGAAAUGCAUUUAAGUAAUGAGGCAGGUGGCAAGAUGCAAUGCUGUCAGAGCUUUUGGGGGAAGAACAAAUCCAUAAUAACACCUGUAUUUUUGUGUUUAACUGCAGAUGUGCAUCUGGAAGUUUGAUUCCAUUUAUACAGAUGUAUCACUGGUUGGAGGCUCCAUUUGUAUUACAGCACGUCCUGACAUCACCUUCACACCAGGGCAGGGGGUUCCCAGCCUGGGGUCCACAGACUCCUCAGUUAAUGGUAGAAAGUCCAUGGCAUAACUAAAGACUGGGAACCCCUGUACUAGGAAAAGCUGGACAAUGACUGGCAAGUCCAUUUAUCUGAAUGAGGCUGCCAACCCUGUGAAUUAUCAUGCUUUACUUCAAGUACUUGUCAGCAUGUUAAGAGCUGGCCCGCCGGUAUAUUGCAUGCACCACUAAUACUACAAAUCCCACAUCCUUAUGGCGCUAGUCACGUGUGGUCAACUUUCAGCUAUCCCUCACCCCAAAAAUGGCUGAACAAAAGGUGGACUUUAAAAACAGGGGUUUUCAAGGCAGGUGUGAGGCAGAGUAUAUGUUCACAGAUAUAAAGGGCAAACCUGUUUGUCUUGUGUGCGGAGACGGUGUGGCUGUAAUUAAAGAGUAUAACGUAAGACACUAUGAAACGAAACACCACGACAAAUACAAGCAUCUGGACAAGAAACAGAAGCCCGCGGCGCGAUGUGCGGUCAAAAGAGUGGAUUGGUGGGCAGGAUCCGGGAGAAGAUGUGGGAGGAAAACGGUGCAGGUGAGCUGACAGCUUAUCACUGUAUCAUACACCAGGAAUCGUUGUGUGGCAAAGCCUUGAAAAUGGAACAUAUAAUGAGCACCAUAACACGAGCAGUUAACUUCAUAAGAGCCAAAGGUUUAAAUCACCGCGAGUUCAAGUUGUUUCUGGAGGAGUUGGGUUCAGAAUAUAAUGAUUUGCCCUAUCACACAGAGGUGCGAUGGUUAAGCCAAGGAAAAGUGCUGAAAAGAUGUUUCGAGUUGCAUGAGGAGAUCUGUCAGUUCAUGGAAAGCAAAGGGAAAGACACAACAGAGCUCCAGGAUAAAAAGUUGCUUUGUGAAAUGGCGUUUCUGUGUGACAUCACGAGCCAUCUCAAUGCGCUCAACCUGCAGCUUCAGGGGCGGGGUCUUGUGAUCACAGACAUGUACGCUGCAGUGAGGGCUUUUAAAACCAAGCUGCGCCUGUGGGAGACGCAGAUGCAGCAAGGAAACUUGAGCCAUUUUCCAUGUUGCCAAACUAUGAAAGAGCAGGUUUCUACCGCAGUGUUCCCACGUGCAAAGUUUGCUGAAAAACUUUGCAUACUUGGUGCCGACUUCACAUGGCGAUUUGCUGACUUUGAAGCCCAAACAAGCAGGUUUGAACUGCUCAGUAAUCCAUUUGCAGCUGACGUGGAAAGCGCACCAACCAACAUCCAAAUGGAGCUGAUUGAACUCCAAUGUAGUGACACACUCAAGGCAAAGUAUGACUCGGUGGGCGCUGCACAGUUUCUACGUUUCAUUCCCGACACGAUGCCCCAGCUGUGUACCCAAGCUGCUCAAAUGCUCUCUAUGUUUGGCAGCACAUAUCUGUGUGAACAACUGUUCUCUUUGAUGAAGGUAAACAAAACAUCACACAGGGGUCGUCUUUCUGAUGAACACCUUCACUCAAUUCUGAGGAUUUCCUCAGCUCAGAGCCUGACUCCAAACAUUGAUGAACUUGCAUCCAAGAUGAGUUGCCAAGUAUCUGGCUUAGACUAGUGUGAAUCACAGAGUGUUAGCCUGUGGAAAAAUGUUUUCAUUAGAAAUUACUCCGGAAAAGCUGCAGAUAAAGCCAUAAGAAAUAAAUGCAACUGAUUUUUUAUUUAUUUAAUGUUCAAUGUUGUUUUUGUAGGCAAUAACCUAAGCUUUGUUAGUUCCAGGUUAAUAUGUGUAAUAAAUUCAUUUCAAUAAGUUUUGCAAUAAACGCUGAACCAG